UUUAUUAUGUUUGAUUUAUUUAGUUGUAAUAUCGCUUGAAAAUUGUGUAAAAAAGAAGAAUUUUUGUACAGAUUACAGCAAUUUCAAUUUUGUUUCUUAUGAAUAUGUCAUACAAUGGCACAGUAAACUUCCAUUUUGCGCUUGUACAAAACCCCCAACCCGCCAUCAAUGAAUUGCAUCAUAUUUAUCACAUUACCUGUCAGCAAGCUUUAAAAGUAAAUUUGGCAAUAAAAAAUAAACAUACACACAGGCAGAGAACCAUUCCGAUUACCCGCGCAAAAAAAAGCAUCAUUAGCCAGUUUAGAGCCAUAUCCUUCGGCUUUUUGGCAAACAAAUUGUUACGGAAGAAGGUGGAAGCGGUGAUAUAAAAAAAAAUUGCAGAAUCAAUCCACAACCACAACCACCGGGGGAAUGGUACAGGGAAAGGCGAACCAAACAAACAAACAGAAGAAGAGAAAAAAAAUGGAAACCUACCACGAUACGCAACCAAAAAACGGUCGCCCCUUUAUCGUCGACACCCCGAGCGAGGGUUACAGAGCGCGUUAUCAGCCGAAAUCGAAAUUCGAAUUCGAAUUCUAAUAAACAGUAUUAAUGUAUAUAAUGCGUCGGAUUGAUAAAACUCGUUAGUCACAGAUUGGUAGCCCGAACGUCGGAACGGUUUCCAGUAGGAGCGUUUAUUGCCGGUUUGAAUAGAGUUCGGUUAGGUGUUGUGUGUCUGUUUUUUGUGUUUGCUUGUUCCGCUGAAAAGCUCUUUUUGUGCGUUUUUUUGGUGAUCAUCGUUUGUGAUAUGUGAUCGUGUACCGUUUGAUGCUGUGAUGUGUUGAAGAAGACGAAAAAAAAACAAAAACAAGCCAGUAAAACCUAUCAAACCUUUGGGGUCUGCAUUGAGGAAGGAUAUAACAGUAAUAACACACUUGAAAGAAAAUGAAAAUGGGUUCAUCGAAACGUAAAUCAUCCUUCCGGAUCGAUGACAUACUGCAUCAGCAGCGUGUCGAACAGCAGAAUCUGCUCUACCAGCAUCAUCAUCAUACCGGGCGGCUGGCUGGUACCAGCACCGCCAACAGUUUGUCCAGUGAGACCGGAUCGGGCCAUUCGGUAGGACAUUCGGCAUCGGGCAGCAGUUACGGCAGUGGUACGUUACAGAGUCAUACCGCGCUCCCUCCGGAUUGUGGUACGCCACCGGGUUCACCCGUACUUGCAUCACCGCUCGCGAUCAGUGCCGGCAGCAAUGGAACAACGGGACGGUCAGAAUCGCCGAAAAAACCCACCGCCAUGUAUCCGGGGCUGUUGGAUUUUUCCAAAAACGUCAUACCGAUCCCGCUACAGUUCGGGAUGCCGGCGUUCAAUCCGCUCAAUGCCGCUUAUCUGGAGCAUUAUGCUUCCGUGUUACACAAAGCAUCACCCCGUGUUUGGCCAUUCUAUCCUCACCCGUACAGCUAUCUGCUGCCUACCUGCGGUUCCAAACGUAAGGGUGGCCAGGUUCGCUUUACACCCCAACAGACGCAAAGUUUGGAGAAGCGUUUUUCCAACCACAAGUACCUGUCGCCGGAAGAUCGUCGAAAUUUAGCCAUCCAGCUGAAGCUUAGCGAUCGGCAGGUUAAAACAUGGUUCCAGAACCGUCGUGCUAAGUGGCGAAGAGCCAACAGUGUCUGCCAAUCGACGGACGGGCUUGGUUCGUCCGACGGUAUGAGCGAUGUGGCCAAAAUGUCAUCCACCACCGGUACGAAUGGGGCAGCAAACCGUCCUGCCCACAGCAAAUACACGUCCGAAAACGAUGAAGAUGAUGGUGCGGAUGAAGGAAUGGCACGGUAUGGACGAAGAACGUCAUCUUCGAUGGAGUUUGAUGGAAAGAGCACCGACAGCUACUCGGACCGUGGCUCGAGCGAGGAUCGUGACGAUGAUGAAGACGAUCCGGCGUCACCGAUCGAUGUAAUAUAGCGUCCGCUUCAUGGGCGUCGAUAACCUAAACCCCAUGUACAUACGGUGCUGAGUGACUUCGAAUUUAAGUGACAAAUGUGACAAAACCCAAAAUAGUAGUUAAACCGCUAGAUAAAUGUGUUAGUGGCUCCUUAAAUAAGGUGGUUAAAAUAAAUGUAAGAAUUUUCGU